AGGAAACCUUUUGGAAACCAGGCUUAAACCCUAAGCCUCCCUGAGUUCAGGGCUUGUUGCAGCAGAGUGAGAAAUGGGGUUAGGGUUAAAGAAAUUGGUGAAGAAGGGGAUGAUGGGGUUGGGAGAAAUGGGGUUCAACGCCGGAGGUGGAGCCAUAAAUUGGUUCCCUGGCCACAUGGCUGCAGCCACGCGCGCAAUCCGCGACCGGCUCAAGCUCGCCGACUUCGUCAUUGAGGUCCGUGACGCUCGCAUUCCAUUGUCCUCCGCCAACCAAGACCUUCAGCCCCAGCUCCGCUCCAAACGUUCCCUAAUUGCCCUCAACAAGAAGGACCUCGCCAACCCCAAUAUCAUGCAAAAAUGGACCCGGUACUUCGAAUCGUCCAAUCAAGAUUGCCUUCCCAUGAAUGCACACAGCAAGAGCUCUGUUUCAAAGCUUCUUGAGCUGGUGGAGUAUAAACUGAAGGAAGCCAUUUCGAGGGAACCUACUCUGCUUGUUAUGGUGGUUGGCGUUCCUAAUGUUGGGAAAUCAGCUCUAAUCAAUAAUAUUCAUCGGAUUGCGUCUUCUCGCUUUCCCGUGCAGGGUAAGAUGAAGCGAGCUACAGUGGGCCCAUUACCUGGUGUUACUCAAGACAUUGCUGGAUUCAAGAUUGCUCAUCAGCCUAGCAUAUAUGUUCUUGACACUCCAGGUGUGUUGGUUCCAAGUAUCCCGGACAUAGAGACAGGAUUAAAGCUAGCUCUUGCAGGAUCUAUUAAGGAUUCGGUUGUAGGGGAGGAUCGAAUUGCUCAAUACUUGCUUGCAGUUUUAAAUACACGAGGGACACCUUUUCACUGGAAGAACUCAAAUAAUAGGAGAAUGGAAGGGAUUCAAUAUGAAGCAGAGGAAAAAGUUGACUACAGUCUUAAAAAUCUUCGACCUAGUAGGAGGAAGCUGCCAACUAAGUCUCAUGUGCUGUACGUUGAGGAUCUUGUAACUGAAGUGCAGCGUGCUCUGUAUUCGACUCUGUCAGAAUUCAAUGGCAACAUGGAAGACGAGAGUGACUUGGAGGUACUUAUAGAACAGCAGUUUGAAGCACUGCAGAAGGCACUAAAGAUACCCAAUAAGGGGUCUGAAGCUCGCUUGAUGGUAUCAAAGAAAUUCCUUACCUUAUUUAGGACGGGUAAGUUAGGCCCUUUUAUCCUUGAUGAUGUCCCAGAAGCUAAUCCGCUUUCAUAAAACAUCUUACUUUUCCAUGAAGACCCGCUUUAAUUUUAACUUUUGUUUCUUUAACGUUUCGAUCGAUAGACUUGUAUAUGUGCGGUCCCCUUGUAUCAUAUUGACUCACCUGUAUCAGUGAUCUCAAUUUUAUUUCUGUUGUAUUGAGAAAACUUGGUUCAUAUUUGAUAAGAGUUAUCAAAGUAUCCAAAUUUGGUUUGGAUGGUU